CAAACGUACAUUCUACCCACAAGAGUGCGCAUGUCUGCGAUUGCUGGGGAGACUUUACAGUACACGCUUGUCUUCCAGACGAAGGUAGAGUAAGGUCACUUUAUCGUUGUAUCUCUGGGAACUUUGCCGUGAAAACGCGGCUGCAGGUCAAGCAUGGUUUUCCUAACGCUUCCGUGUUGGAUCAGAAGUCGAGGACCUGACAGAUACUGGAAGGUUCAGGAACUUCUCAAACAUGCGCGGCACUUCAGAGGUAGGAAGAACCGCUGCUACAGUCUGGCAGUUCGAGCUGUCAGACGGGCUUUUGUUUACGCCACCAGAGGCCGAACGCUUAAGAAAAGAAAUAUGAGAAAGCUGUGGAUCACACGCAUUGCUGCAGCAUCACGAGAGCAUGGCAUGACGUAUCCAGCCCUAAUUCACAACCUCAUAAAGAGCAGCGUUCAGCUGAACCGAAAGGUUAUCAGCCAACUGGCCAUCACAGAACCUCGUACCUUCCUCUCACUCACAAAACUGGCAAGGGCUCGACAACAAGAAGGGUUACAAGCAGCGCUUGGUGAUGGGAAAGAACCUCCAGGUGUUUUCUCCCGUAUAGUAGUAAAACAAUAAUUAAAAAGAAGCUGCUGUUGUUACUUAUUUGUUCAUAUUGUUUGUUAUGAAGAGCAGAUCUCUAGAUUGUUGGUAAAUCUGAAACUGUUCCACCACACACUUGUACAGACAUGUAUCUGUAUUUUGGAUAGGCUUGGAUUUUAAUUGACAAGCUCAUUGUCUGAUCUCUCUCUGACCCCUAAAAGUUUUUUCUGUUAUUAACACCCGGUUCCCAGAACUCAUGUCAUUAAAGUACACUCUCAUAUUACGUGUGGGGCAGUGUCACAUCUUCAGGAAUAUUGGCCUGAAUUUUAAGACUUUAAUGGCAUCCCAUGAUAUUUAACAAUGUCAGAGGGUUAAUAAUUCAUGUCUACGAAUAGGAUUACGCAUAAAACAAAUGAUUGUCUCAUCAGUAGAUGACUCUGCUGCUCGUUAUUUUUGGUGUUACCUUGGAGGAGGUGAUUUUACCAAUGUCUUUUUAUUUUCUCUGUGCGUACGUCAUGUUUGGACCUCAUCGUUGUGAGGACUUUUUGCUUUGUACAAAAGUAUGUUUAUUUGUUUUUUAUUACACUUCCCUGUGUAACGGUUCCUGUUAAUUGCAAUAAACAUUUUUUGUAAUUGCUGUGGAU